GAAGUGGCAUGCAAUGGAUCCCAAAUAUCAGCGUGUGGAGCUAAAUGAUGGUCACUUCAUGCCCGUAUUGGGAUUUGGCACCUAUGCACCUCCAGAGGUUCCGAGGAACAGAGCUGUGGAGGUCACCAAAUUAGCGAUAGAAGUUGGCUUCCGCCAUAUUGAUUCUGCUCAUGUAUACGAUAAUGAGGAGCAAGUUGGACUGGCCAUCCGAAGCAAGAUUGCAGAUGGCAGUGUGAAGAGAGAAGACAUAUUCUACACUUCAAAGCUUUGGUGCACUUUCUUUCGACCACAGAUGGUCCAACCAGCCUUGGAAAGCUCACUGAAAAAACUUCAACUGGACUAUGUUGACCUCUAUCUUCUUCAUUUCCCAUUGGCUCUCAAGCCAGGUGAGACGCUACUACCAAAAGAUGAAAAUGGAAAAGUAAUAUUCGACACAGUGGAUCUCUGUGCCACAUGGGAGGUCAUGGAGAAGUGUAAGGAUGCAGGAUUGGCCAAGUCCAUCGGGGUGUCAAACUUCAACCGCAGGCAGCUGGAGAUGAUCCUCAACAAGCCAGGGCUCAAGUACAAGCCUGUCUGCAACCAGGUAGAAUGUCAUCCUUACCUCAACCAGAGCAAACUGCUGGAUUUCUGCAAGUCAAAAGACAUUGUUCUGGUUGCCUAUAGUGCUCUGGGAACCCAACGACUAUGCAUUUCUGGCUUUCCUUCCAGGAUGGUGGACCCGAACUCCCCAGUUCUUUUGGAGGACCCAGUUCUUUGUGCCUUAGCAAAGAAACACAAACGAACCCCAGCCCUGAUUGCCCUGCGCUACCAGCUGCAGCGUGGGGUUGUGGUCCUGGCCAAGAGCUACAACGAGCAGAGGAUCAGAGAGAAUGUCCAGGUUUUUGAAUUCCAGUUGACAUCAGAGGAUAUGAAAGUUCUAGAUGGCCUAAACAGAAAUUAUCGAUAUAUUGUCAUGGAUUUUCUUAUGGACCACCCUGAUUAUCCAUUUUCAGAUGAAUAUUAGCAUAGAGGGUGUUGCACGACAUCUAGCAGAAGGCCCUGCGUGUGGAUGAUGAUGCAGAGGAUGUCUCUAUGCUGGUGA